CAUUGGCGGCAGCGCCCGACCAAUGAGCGCGGGUGUCGCUGGGAGCCGGCGGGGGGGGAGGAUGCGGUUGGCGGUGUGGAACGCGCGCGCUGCGCUGCUGUACUCGUUGGGCGGCUGGACCGUACUGGGAGGCAUGCUGCACUACACCAGGAGCCACGGCGGCGGCGACAGCGGCGCCUCCGAGAAUGAAAGUGAUCCUCAGGCAAAACCAGCGCUCAAGAAGGAAAUAUACACGAGAGAAACAGCUUUAGGAUUUACAGUGACAACAGUAAUAACACACAAGGAUGUUGAACCUCCCAUUACUCAACUGCUCAGGCGUGUGAAGUCAUACUUUUUUCCGGACGACAGCCCUCCUCCUUCCGAAAACUGAGCACUCUGCAAGCUCAGGACUUUGUGCUGGUGCCGGCAUCUCCGAGAGUCAUCCUGGCACCAGCCCAUCGGUGGAAAACUAUUCUCCUGCAUGGCUGAAAUGACAGCUCUGCCUGGGACACAGCCCGGCGGGACUUGCAGGCUUUGCUCGGAUCUUUGCACGUGUGUUCAAGUUACUAACCAUGAGUUGGGUUCAACUACCUGUGCUGUGAGGUGUGGGUGAGGCUGGUGGUCACCUUGGUGUGCUGUGGCCAGUGGUCUGACCAGGUGGCCCUGGUGGCUUUGCUUGUGAAGUUGAUUUGUGUGCAGGAUGUACCUGUAGCUGGGAUGGCUCCUUUGGUUGCCUCUGAAAUGGAUGAUUUAAAGAUUAGUAAACAGGAAGGAUCAUGGUUUAA